AGUCUUUUCUUUGCUUUUUUUUAUAGUAAGUGUACUAGUAUAAUCCCAGAUGAGAAGAACUUUCUUUAUCAUACUCUUCUGCUUCUUCUUCUUUUCUCUGAAAUUUCUCUAUAUCUUUAUUCACUCACACCAUCUUUGAUCUUAUUUGUUAAUGCAAGAUCCAAAGAACUCUUCACAAGCAAGGAAGGCUUGGUACCAAAAAGCAAUGGAAAUGGCGUCUCUAUGGAAAAGCUUUGGCAAGCCAAGUGAAAUUCCGACAAGAAAUCCAACAUGCAUUUCAAAAUCAAGAGAGAUUUCAAGCACUACAAAUAAUUCGAAUAAUAAUAGAGAAAAGCUAAGAAGAUGCACCUCUUUAAGGGUAGCAACUUCUUUCACUAGAGUUUGUCUAUGUGCACCAAUUUCUUCCUAUACAGAAGUAUUUCAAGUAGAUCAUGUUCCACCUAGAAAAAGUAAUAGUUAUCCUCCUCCAAUUAGAUCAAAGCAAAUGACCAUUUCACAAGAAAGAAUUCCAAGUGGAAGAAUGAGUUUGGAAGGAAGGAAAAUAUUUAGAGGAAAAUCAUUGACUGAUGAUGUAUUAAUGAGGAGAUUUGUCGUUGAAGAAGAAGCAAUGAUGCAACUUAGGAGAAGGAAUCAAAUGGAAGUUAUUAGGAGAAGAAAUUCUCUUAGAAGAAGAAAAAAGCUUGGCCCAAGUCCUUUAAGUAGAAUGGUUUUGGCUGACCAAAAUUGAAGUUUUUGUUUCUAAAUAUAUAUCACUACUUAAGCCAUUUGAGUUUUCUUAAAUGGUGUUUGCCUCA